AUGUUGAGCUUCCGUUCGGUGUAUGAUGAGGCUACUCGGACAUGGUACGGUCCGACAGUGAAACCUCUGUUCAACCCGGAAACUAGUUUGGGACAAAUCAUGUUCGAUGUUCUCAACCGCUCUCCAGACCGUGUGAUACAACAGGACAUGGAUACUGGGCGAUCCUUGACGUACGCAGAGUUUCAAACGAGAUGGAUCCGUUUCGCCCAGAACCUUGCUUCGAUCGGUGUCCGCAAGGGAGACAUGGUGACGCUGGUUAAUGCGAACAGCGAAAACCUAGCUCCUUUAGCAUGUGCGUUGUUAGCGAUUGGAGUGCCGUUCAAUCCACUAGCACCCAGUUUCAACGAAGACGAUAUGGCAAACAUGCUGCAAACAACGAACCCGAAGUUUGUGUUUUGUGACGCUGACAACUAUGAAGUAGUUCGAAGGGCUUUAUUGCGAGUGGUAGCCAACGAGGAUCAACUGCCACCAAUCUACGUGUUCGAAUGUUCCCGCAGUGAUGUAAAACAUGCCGAAGAUUUACUCAAGGAGACAGGACGGGAGAAGUCUUUCGUGGCUCCAUACCUUGGGGAUUCUAGUAAAACGUUGGCCGUUAUACUAUGCUCCUCGGGAACAUCCGGUGUACAUAAGGGUGUUAAAAUGACUCACAGUACAUUGAUUCGCCAGACAAUGUUAUUCCGCUUUUCGCCAAUCCCGUCGGUUCAUUUUAGCUUCAGCGCCAUCUACUGGCUGACCGGGUUUAAUGCCAUGGUGAACCCAUUUUUCGACGGAGGGUACAGAGUCAUCACGCGCAAUCCAUUCAACGAACAACAGUUCUUUGAUGCCAUUGAAAAGUAUCGUGCCAAUGUUGUCUUCACACCUCCGGCAUAUGCCUACUCAGUUUUAAAACAUCCACGAUCAAAAACGGUUAAUUUCGGUUCAAUUGUCCAUUGGGUCGUCGGAGGCAGUCCCAUUCCGGAGCAGUUACGUGAUCGAAUUGAUGAACUGCUCACACCGACUGGCGGCCGUUCGGUGAACGUAUUUGGAUCCUCCGAAGUAGGUAUCGUUGCGGUGGAUUUGAUAAAACGAAAACCGGGCACAGUCGGCCCGCUGAUGCCCAACGUCCAGGUUCGUAUUAUAGACGAGGAUGGCAAUCGAUUGAGCGUCGGAGAACAAGGCGAGCUGUUGAUGAAAGCAGAAGAAGAUGUCAACAGCUACUAUGGCAAUGAAGAGGCAUCGAAAAAUGCAAUAGAUUCGGAUGGAUUCUUCCGGUCCGGUGAUGUUGGGUACAUGGACGAGGAAGGUUUCCUGAGUCUGAUUGACCGAAAGAAGGACAUCUUCAAGUAUCGUAACUUCCACGUGUCACCAUCGGACCUGGAAGCGAUUAUUCUUCGCAUUGACGGUGUGCAGAAUGUUUGCGUGGUGGGAGUUCCGGAUGCUGACGGUGCGACAGACCUACCGGCGGCCGCCAUUGUCCGGCACACGGGCGCCGUUCUAGACGCCACACAGGUGCGCACGAUCGUUGAUGGACAGGUGUCCGACUUUAAGCGAUUGCGCGGUGGCGUUCACUUUAUCGAGGAACUCCCAAAAACCGAGAGCGGUAAGGUGCUGCGUCGGAAGGUCACCGAGAUGAUAGCGCACCUGAAUCAGCAUCCCCAGCACGAUAUGGUUGACAGGUUGUAA